CCCCCAUUUCAAAACCAAUCCCUACCGCCAAUUCUCUGUCUCUCUCUCCUCAAGGGCUGUGCGCCAGUAACCGAAUAGUCGAUCCCGAGCUCAAGUUCUCCUAUUCACACUCCAACUUCUCUCUCUCUCGUAAUCUGAGAUGUUCUCCCCGGCCGCGAAGAAGUCCAAUUUCAGCGCUCGCAAGGACCGCACCCUCCUCGGUCACCACCCGCCCCUCGAGUCUCCGACCACUCCGCUCGCCGAGAACCGGUUAUCGCUUCACGACAACAAAAUCCCCAACCGCCCCUCCACCGGCACUCCGGCGCCAUGGGCCUCUCGCUUAUCUGUCCUCGCUAGAAUUCCACCAACGAAGAAAGGUGAGAAAGCGGAUAAUGUAGAUCCAGUUCAGCCUGUUUUUGUUUCAGAGUUCCCUCAAGUGGUUCGCAAUGAACAAGCCAAUCUCUUGCAGAACCGUGUUCGAGGUGAUUUUUGCACCUCUGGUGGAAUGGAGAAGGAAACUUCCCUUGCAUGGAUUAUUUGUGGGAACAGACUCUUUGUCUGGAGUUACGUGUCGCCUGCUGCUUCAAGAAAAUGUAUUGUUCUUGAUCUUCCUCCCAACAUUUUGGGAGAUGGAGAGAGUGGCAGCAAUUCUUGUCCCGCUGACAGUUGGAUGCUCUUCAUUGUCAACUGGGAUGGUCCAUGUAGAAAUACUGACAAAGCUAUUCAACAGUGCAACUCUGCUGGCAUUGUUUUGUGUAACCGGCGAACUCGAGCUCUGGUAUACUGGCCGGACAUAUAUUCUGAAGAUGAGAGUUCUCCUAUAACAAGUUUGGCAUCUAAUGAUGAGUUAAAGAUGACUUAUUCACCUGCUGAUGGGACGACUGCCCCAAAUAGGCAGCGACAGCAUAGCAGGCCUGUGAGCAUUUCAUCUGGAUCAAGUAGUUUAAACUCUUUGAUUGCUUCUGCGAUUCCUGGUGGCGGGCAUCUCUGUGUGGCUCUGGCAUGUGGUUCUAAUGGCGAGCUUUGGCAGUUCUACUGCAGCCCUACUGGCAUUGAACGAAAAAAGAUCUAUCAGGACAUAUUGAGUUCGGGAGCAAGUGAUGGAGGUCAAUUUCUCGGGAGCAAGGGGUAUCCGAGGUCAUUGAUUUGGCGUUUUUCACAUUCUUAUUCAGAAGAAACUCAUCGGCAGUUUUUCCUGUUAACUGAUCAUGAGAUACAGUGUUUCACUGUCACUCUUUCCCCCUCUGUAACUGUGUUGAAGCUCUGGUCUCAUGAAAUUGUAGGAGCUGAUGGUGAUUCUGGUAUCCAGAAAAAUUUGGCUGGUCAAAAACGGAUCUGGCCCUUGGAUCUGCAGGUUGACAGCCAAGGGAAAGUGAUUACUGUUCUAAUUGCCACAUUUUGUAAAGACCGGGUAAGCAGUUCAAGCUACAUAGAGUACUCUCUUCUUACAAUGCAAUAUAGGUCCGGGAUAAAUAUCUCCCCGGAAAGUAAUGUGCCAGUACAUGAGAGGGUUUUGGAGAAAAAAGCUCCUCUUCAAGAGGUAAUCCCCAAGGCAAGAGUAGAAGAGGAGGACUUCUUAUUUUCCAUGAAAUUGCGGGUAGGGGGAAAGCCUUCUGGAUCUUCUAUUAUACUUUCUGGCGAUGGAACUGCGACAGUUGCUCAUUAUUGGCGAAAUUCUACAAGACUGUAUCAAUUUGAUCUCCCUUAUGAUGCUGGGAAAGUUCUAGAUGCUUCAGUUUUCCCUUCCUCAGAUGAUGAUGAAGAUGGAGCGUGGGCUGUACUCACUGAGAGAGCUGGCGUCUGGGUUAUCCCUGAGAAGGCUGUUUUACUUGGUGGAGUUGAACCACCAGAGCGAAGCUUAUCGCGUAAAGGGAGCACUAAUGAAAGAUCUGCACAGGAGGAGAGGAGGAACUUAUCAGUUGCAGGCAAUAUUGCUCCUAGAAGGGCUAGUUCAGAAGCAUGGGAUGCUGGAGAGAGACAAAGGGCAGUUUUCCCAGCGAUUGCACGUCCGACAGCGCAAGAUGAAGAAUCAGAAGCUUUAUUGAGUCAUCUUUUCCAUGAUUUUCUUUUAUCCGGGCAGGUUGAUGGCUCACUUGAUAAGCUUCGAAGUGCUGGGGCAUUUGAAAGGGAUAAAGAGACGAAUGUUUUUGCUCGUGUAAGCAAAUCAAUUGUUGACACAUUAGCCAAGCAUUGGACAACCAGAGGUGCUGAGAUUGUGGCUCUUACCUUUCUUUCUACUCAACUCAUGGAUAAGCAGCAGAAGCAUCAAAAGUUUCUCCAGUUCCUUGCUUUAUCCAAGUGCCACGAGGAGCUGUGUUCAGGGCAGAGACCGCAGAGAGAAUCGCUGCAGAUUAUCAUGGAACAUGGUGAAAAGCUUGCUGCCAUGAUUCAACUCAGGGAACUGCAAAACUUGAUUGGCCAGAACCGUCCAACAGGCAUUGGCUCCCCUCAUUCUAGUUCUGAAGGUGGAAUUUCUGGUUCUCUUUGGGACCUAAUUCAGCUAGUCGGUGAGCGAGCCCGUCGGAAUACUGUUCUUUUGAUGGACAGGGACAAUGCUGAAGUGUUCUACAGUAAGGUUUCGGAUCUGAAAGAAUUGUUUUAUUGCUUGGACAAACAGUUAGGAUACAUCAUUAGCACCGAGAUGCCUCUUGUGGUUCAGAUUCAAAGAGCUUGUGAACUCUCGAAUGCUUGCGUGACUUUAAUACGUGCGGCGACACAAUACAGAAAUGAGUAUCACAUGUGGUAUCCCUCUCUCGAGGGUUUAACACCAUGGUAUUGUCAACCUGUUGUGAGAAGUGGCCUGUGGAGCAUUGCCUCUUUCAUGCUUCAGCUGUUAAAUGGAAUAUCUCAUCUUGAUAUGUCUAGAAAAUCAGAUUUUUAUUCUAAUCUAGAAGUACUGGCUGAAGUAUUGCUUGAGGCAUAUUCUGGUGCUAUCACGGCAAAAGUUGAGCGUAAAGAAGAACAAAAAGGUCUGUUAGGUGAGUAUUGGAAUAGAAGGGAUGCUCUUCUGGACUCUCUUUAUCAACUUGUGAAAAGUUCUGUUGAAACCAGCUAUCAGGACUUGGGGGAAGGAAAUGAAGAGCAAUGUGAACUGAUUCUACGAGAGCUUUCAUCACAUUUGUUGUCUAUCGCAAAACAGCAUGAAGGAUAUCAAACUAUGUGGAAUAUAUGCUUGGAUCUUAAAGAUACGGAAGUACUCAGAAACCUUAUGCAUGAGAGCAUGGGACCCAAAGGGGGUUUUAGCUAUUUCGUGUUCAAACAAUUGUAUGACACUAAACAGUUUUCGAAGCUUAUUAGACUGGGGGAAGAGUUCCAGUUGGAGCUGGCUACUUUUCUGAAGCAGCAUGAGGAUCUCCUCUGGCUUCAUCAAGCAUUCCUUCAUCAGUUUUUCUCAGCUUCCGAAACCCUUCACAAAUUGGCUCUUUCUCAAGAUGAUGAUUCAAUUGUGGCAGCUGUAGAAGGGACCGAGUCUCAUGGUGCAGGAAUGGAACCAACAUUAGCAGAAAGAAAGCGUCUUCUCCAUCUCUCUAAGAUAGCUGUCGUUGCAGGAAGGAAUGCUGAUAGUGGCGAAAAGUUGAAGCGCAUCGAAGCUGAUUUGAAGAUUCUGAAACUGCAGGAAGAGAUUUUAAACUUUCUAACUGACGACGAAGAAAAGCAAAAGAUUGGAAAUCGGCUUCUUCCUCCAGUGGACCUUAUUGAGCUGUGCCUCAAAAGCUCGAACCAAGAGCUCUCAUUGCGGGCUUUUGAUGUGUUUGCAUGGACCAGUUCCUCCUUCCUUAAAUCCAACAGAAGCCUAUUGGAGGAGUGCUGGAGGAAUGUAGCCAAUCAGGACGAUUGGGAAACAAUCUACCGAACAUCUGAAGCUGAAGGGUGGAGUGACGAAGAAACCGUACAGCAUUUGAGAGAAACAAUGCUUUUCCAAGCUUCAAGUAGGUGCUACGGACCAGAAGCGGACACUAUAGAAGGUGGGUUUGAUGAAGUGCUGCCACUUAGGCAAGAAAAUUCGGAGAUUCCCAUGCUGAAAGAUAUGGGUUCUUCUGUGGAAGGGAUAUUGAUGCAGCACAAGGAUUUUCCCGAGGCAGGAAAGCUAAUGGUGAUGGCAAUCAUGUUGGAAUUUGGCCGAGUUGGUGCCGAAAUGGGAGAUGGUCCUUCUCCAAUGCAGUGACGACAAGCCGUCCUUACCAAUAGUUCCUCUUAGGCUAGUUUACCUUUUUGUGUUAGAUUGAUAUUCAGCUUGAUGUCAAUGUAGCUUUUUGUUUCUGAAAUUGUAUAAUCCGAUGAUCACGUCUUAAGGUUCCUGGGUUCUGGAAUUCAGACAAGAUUAUGUGGUUGGGAGUCCAAAUUAUAUCGGAUUCCGGCUCUUAGAUGUGAACUACCAGGCCCUUAGAUGUGAACUGCGUUCAACCUGGAUCAAGAGUAUCCAUAAUCCCCAGUGUCUUUAAA